AUGGCGCAACCGCAGCGAGUUCCUGCAACGACCCCGGCAGUUCAGCACAUGCGCGCGCCCGUGCAGCAUCCGGGCGCACGUUUGAUUUCGGAGGAUGAGCUGAAGACGGAGCGGGAGCGUUGGCGCCAGACGGUGAUGCACGAGGUGUGGAACCUGGAGAAUGCUGCUUUCGAGCGGAUAAAUGCCAAGCUGGAAGAGUCGAAGGUUGGCCUUGUCACCGAGGUGACCAAGCACGUGGCCAGCCAAGUGUUGGAACACAUUGAGGCAGAGCGAACUCAGCGGACCAAGGACAUCGAGGAUCUGCGCCAACUGCUCCUAAAGCUCCCGGAGGCGUCAGAGCUUGGGGAGCUCAAGAGAAGCUUCGCGGACCUCCAAGCGACGGUGGCCACCGAGCGCCAGUCAGUCACGUCUGAGGCCACCAUCAGCGUGGAGGGGAGCUCGAAGCUCGAGUCCACUGUGGAAGAGCUCAAGGUGAAGACAGCAUCACUGGAGGCUGCGAUGACCGAUCUGAAGGGUGAGAUGGCUUUGCAGCUGCAGCGACAGGAGAUGCAAGUCGCGACGUCCAUCACUGAGCUGCAUCAGGAAAUCGGUGCCCUGAACCGAAGCGUUCCAUGCAUUCAGGUGUCUGCUGCGAACGAGAGCACCGAGGCCGCCGAAAGCAAUGCAUCUCUCAUCACAGCCCAGGCAGAACUGUUGCGACAGUUUGCUGAGCUUGAAGUCUCCGUGGCUGGGCAUCGGGAUGCCAUCAACGCCCUCAAGGAGCAGGAGAAGGAUCUUCAAAGCAAGGCGUCGCACAGCGAGGUUGAAGCCCUCCAGGAACAGGUGCGAUCGCUUCGGGCCGCCGCUCAAGGACGCGGUGAGCUGGAGCUGGAGACGUCCGUGAGUAAGCUGCCAGCUUACCACGGGGAUUUGGAUCAGCUCAGCAAGGCUCUUGCGGAGGAGCGCAGCGAACGCUGCGCCGCACUGGCCGAGGUGAACCGGCUCAUGGAAAGUAUCGCGAAGGCCGCAUCUGCCUCCAUUGAGGAGACGGAGAAGCGCCUGGAGUCUCGAAUCACCUCCGCAAGCUCCGACCAUGGCAUGAACCUGGGCCUCCUGGACAUGUCGAUUGGUGCGAAGAGCAACCGGAGCGUGGCCAGUGGGCGCCAGACGCCUGCAGGACAUUCGACGGCGAGCCAGGAGGUGGGUGGCCACAUGAAUUCCGGAUUGGCGAAGUUGGUCGGCGAGAUGGAUGCGGAGUUGCGGAUGGAGCUGAACAGCCGCCUCCGCAUGUUGAACGGCGAGCUGAAGUCAGAGUUGAUGAAGGAGGUGGCCGUGCGCUGCGCAGCAGUCGAGGCUCGCUGCGGCGCCGUGGAGGCUGACCUCAGGGCCAAGCUGGGAGGUGUCACCGACGAGCUUCAGCCGCGGUUGAAGAAAUUGGAGGCGAUGCAGCUUCCAACCCGCGUGCAGAACCUGGAGCAAGAGGUGAAACGUACCAGCUACACCCUGGGCGAAGCUAUGUCCGAGCGCGGCCGCACCAGCACACAGGGAAAUGUACAGCGUAUGUCUUCGGGUUCGCCAAGUGCUGUGACGCCUGGACGCAGCCUGAGCCGACGCGGCUUGGAGGCGGCCGGCGCUCAAGACCUCGAGUCGACCGUGGCCGAGGCCGUUCGCAAGGCCCUGGGGGCUCGGCCUGAGAUGAGCCCAAAACGACCGGUCUCCGUGGUAUCCACACAGGAAAGCGAGGGCGGAGAAUCUGGCAUGCCACGCGCUUCAAUCCGAGCCUCAUCCCCUGUGGUGGAGGCGCUGUCGACAACUCUGAAGGUUGUGCCAAGCGGACUCGUGCCGUGUCCGUAUCUUUGCAAUGCAGCUUUCGAAUUCAGGUUCCGCCGAUACUUCCGCAGCACCCUGUUGUGUUGGUAA